AUGCCUGCAGGUAGUCUAAAAUCGAAAUGUGGUGGGAAAGGAAAUCGGGGCAUGUUUAUCGAUCGAACUCCAAAGAUUUGUGCAGCAGGCUUACCAUCUGCCCAGCCUGAUAAUCAACUCGCUGACAACUUGCAACACUAUCUACUGCAAGAAGGGGUAGAUGCACUCGUCCGCGACGCUAUAAAACCAACGGAAAUACCCAAACCUCCUGCACCUCUACGUCGACCUGCACCGCCAGACAUGCGUAACGCUGGCAUAGGCGGAGAAGCUGCAAGACUCAUACACCCACCUUUUCGAUCAAAAUUUAAAACUCUGAUUGAAGAUUUCAAGGAGACAUCUUACGCUUCGUAUUGGAAAAAAGAAAUCGGAAGGCUCCCAGAUCAGGUACCAAAUUUACCUGAAGGACUUGACAUAUAUAACACAACAUUUGGAAAGAAGACACCUAAAAUUUCUUUGUAUGAUUUGGUAUUUCCAAAAGUACCUAUAGAAGGCCAAACGCCGGUUUCUCAACUACCUGCUACUAAAAUAAGUCGUAACUAUUGUGAACCGCCAUUUAAUCCAGAUUUCACAUUCGGACACAGAAGUAACACCGACCAACGCGGAAUACAUGUUAAACGACGCUUGACUGAUGAUAAGAUCAUUGACGGAACUGCAAAUAAAACAAUGUUGAAUAUAGUCCUGUCUAAUUAUCAAGAUUCUUACAAGUCUAGACUUGGAAAAGGGUUAACACCUAUUAAUAAUAUAAAAAAUGUUCCUGAAGGUUAUGCAUUCGGAAUAUUAAGCAAACCUGAUCAUGUUGAACAAUGUCUCACCUACUGCGAACUUAAUCCAGAACGUGAAUUUUACAGGAAAUGCUUAGGUCAUCUCAAUACUGUUCGUAAAUGCUUGUCAACUCGUUUUUUGCCCAAAUUUUUUAGUGAGUUUUAUCUAAGACUAAAAUAUUACGAUUGUGAAAAAUCUGGUUGGCUACAUCGAGAUAUUGUAUAUAACUUAUGUGCUUCGAAGUUAAUAAGGUUUGACUCAUCUUUAAUAGAGCCUUUAUUAGCAAAAUGGCAAGCUUUCGAUGGAGAAAAUAUUGACUACAGGUUUUUCACGCAGGUUAUUAAUUUUAAGGAAGCUAUUAAAUGUAUUCCUCACAUCCCUGAUUUACCACCAGGCUGCACUGACUAUUGCACUAGUUACAACGAAGCGUUUAAACCUGAUCAGGAACGAGAUAAAUCUCGUAUGGCCGGGGUUCCGUCUGGGAGGUACUUUGACUUGGAUUACCCUAUUACACCUAAUUAUUACAUUAAAGCGCAUAGAAGCCACCUUCCACAAGAGUCGGAUGUCAAGUCAUGUCUUUCUCCUAGUAUCCUUGCUUUAAUGGAUGUCAAUCAUCGCGACAUGUAUGCAAAACGUGAACCGCACGUUGUAAAAAAAAUAUUCAAGGCCGCUGGAGAGAAAUUUACUGACGAUGAAUUCAAUGAAAUUUGGGAAGAAGCUAAAAAAUGUCAUUCCCAAGGCUGGGUCUGCUAUGAGACUUUUAAACAGGCGUUGGAAAAAUUUACCGAAAAAGAAAAUGUUACCCCUGAAAUUAUUUAA